GGGGCCUCACGGCGCUCCCCAAACCUUCCGGGUCCCCCUGUCUCGCAUGUCGCCUCCUGGACCCUGGUUGGGACCGCCUCCCGUCUCCGACUCUGAGGCACGUCCUCCGUUGACUCUCGUCUGACCCCCUAAGUGGUCCCGGCUUCUGCCCUUUGAUCCCCUGGCGUCCCCAACUCCCAUCCGGUGACCUCAUUCUUCGUGGUUGCCUCUCCUGGUUUCUCUGACUAAAUCAACCCUUCUCCCAACUGAGUGCCCCAGCUUUCACCCUGGACUGCUCACUGUCCCCAGCUCCUCCCUCUGCCGUUUCAUUGCCCCAUUUCCCUAAUGCCAUCUGUUUCCUGCGUCCCUUCCCUUUGUUCCCACCCCUCUCGCCCUCCCGUUUCUAUCUUCUCUUGUGCCUCCGGUUUUCUUCUGCUUCCACGUGUGUUCUGCCCAGUUCUCUAGUCUCCAAUCCUGGUUCACCUCCAGCAUCCACAGAUGACCUGGAGGCUGGUGACAGGAAGCCUGUGACCCAGAGCAAGGGGGCAGGCUGGGCCCCUACCUGCCCCUCGGAGGAUGCAGUUCUUUGGACGCCUCGUCAGCACCCUCAGCAGUGUCACCAACUUGUUCUCAAACCCAUUCCGGGUGAAGGAGGUGUCCAUGGCUGACCAUGCCUUGAGUGAACGCAUUCGAGAGGAAGGGCAGCUGAUCCUUUUCCAGAACGCUUCCAGUCGCACCUGGGACUGCAUCCUGGUCAGCCCUAGAAACCCACAGAGUGGUUUCCGACUCUUCCAGCUGGAGUCGGAGGCAGACGCCCUGGUGAAUUUCCAGCAGUACUCCUCCCAGCUGCCCCCCUUCUACGAGAGCUCCGUGCAGAUCCUGCACGUGGAGGCUCUUCAGCACCUGACCGACCUCAUCCGCAACCACCCGAGCUGGACAGUGGCCCACCUGGCGGUGGAGCUUGGCAUUCGGGAGUGCUUCCACCACAGCCGCAUCAUCAGCUGUGCCAACAGCAUAGAGAAUGAGGAGGGCUGCACUCCUCUACAUCUGGCCUGCCGAAAGGGUGACGGUGAGAUCCUGGUGGAGUUGGUACAGUACUGCCACGCCCAGAUGGAUGUCACCGACAGCAAAGGAGAGACCGCCUUCCAUUACGCCGUGCAAGGGGACAAUCCCCAGGUGCUGCAGCUCCUAGGAAAGAAUGCCUCAGCCGGCCUGAACCAGGCCAACCACCAAGGGCUAACGCCACUGCACCUGGCCUGCCAGAUGGGGAAGCAGGAGAUGGUGCGUGUCCUGCUGCUCUGCAAUGCCCGCUGCAACAUCAUGGGGCCCGGUGGCUUCCCCAUCCACACAGCCAUGAAGUACUCCCAGAAGGGGUGUGCUGAAAUGAUCAUCAGCAUGGACAGCAACCAGAUCCACAGCAAGGACCCUCGAUACGGAGCCAGCCCGCUCCACUGGGCCAAGAACGCCGAGAUGGCCCGAAUGCUGCUGAAGCGGGGCUGUGAUGUGGACAGCACAAGCGCCGCAGGAAACACUCCCCUGCACGUGGCAGUGAUGCGCAACCGCUUUGACUGUGUCAUGGUGCUGCUGACCUACGGGGCCAACGCAGGUGCCCGCGGAGAACAUGGGAACACACCGCUGCACCUGGCCAUGUCGAAAGACAACUUGGAGAUGAUCAAAGCCCUCAUUGUAUUUGGGGCAGAAGUGGACACCCCAAAUGAGUUUGGGGAGACUCCUGCAUUCAUAGCCUCCAAGAUCAACAAACUGAUUACCAGGAAGGCGCUCUUGACUCUGCUGAGAACUGUGGGGGCCGACUACCGCCUUUCACUCAUCCAGGGGGUCCCCAUGGACCAGAGCUCUGCAGCACCUCACCCCGUCUUCCCCCUGGACAGAGCCCAGCCCCCAGCAAUCAGCUUAACCAACCUAGAGCUUCAGGACCUGAUGCCCAUCUCCCGGGCCCGGAAGCCACCGUUCAUCCUGAGCUCCAUGAGGGAUGAGAAGCGAAACCAUGAUCACCUGCUCUGCCUGGAUGGAGGGGGCGUGAAAGGCCUGGUCAUCAUCCAGCUGCUCAUUGCCAUCGAGAAGGCCUCAGGUGUGGCCACCAAGGACCUCUUCGACUGGGUGGCCGGAACCAGCACAGGGGGCAUCCUGGCCCUGGCCAUUCUGCACAGUAAGUCCAUGGCCUAUAUGCGUGGUGUGUACUUCCGUAUGAAGGACGAGGUAUUUCGGGGCUCACGGCCCUAUGAAUCUGGGCCCCUGGAGGAGUUCCUGAAGCGGGAGUUUGGGGAGCACACCAAGAUGACAGAUGUCAAAAAACCCAAGGUGAUGCUGACAGGGACACUGUCUGACCGGCAGCCAGCGGAGCUCCACUUGUUCCGGAACUAUGAUGCUCCAGAGGCCAUUCGGGAACCUCGCUUCAACCAAAACAUCAACCUGAAGCCGCCAACUCAGCCUGCAGACCAGCUGGUAUGGCGGGCAGCCCGGAGCAGUGGGGCAGCCCCAACCUACUUCCGGCCCAAUGGACGCUUCUUGGAUGGCGGGCUGCUGGCCAACAACCCCACCCUGGAUGCCAUGACUGAGAUCCACGAGUACAACCAGGACUUGAUCCGAAAGGGCCAAGGCAACAAGGUGAAGAAACUCUCCAUAGUCGUUUCUCUGGGAACAGGAAGGUCUCCUCAAGUGCCUGUAACCUGUGUGGAUGUCUUCCGUCCCAGCAACCCUUGGGAACUGGCCAAGACUGUUUUUGGAGCCAAGGAACUGGGCAAGAUGGUGGUGGACUGUUGCACAGACCCAGACGGGCGGGCUGUGGACCGUGCCCGGGCCUGGUGUGAGAUGGUCGGCAUCCAGUACUUCAGACUGAACCCCCAGCUGGGCACAGACAUCAUGCUGGACGAGGUCAGCGAUGCAGUGCUGGUCAACGCCCUCUGGGAGACGGAGGUCUACAUCUACGAGCAUCGGGAGGAGUUCCAGAAGCUCGUCCAGCUGCUGCUGGCGCCCUGAGCCCCCAGGCCCCGCUGGCAGGGGCGGGCCAGGCUACCUGGCACAGUGAGGGCCGAGCUGGCAGCUCCAUGCCCAUCUUGGGACUGGGGCUCAGAGCCCAGACAGGGUCCCCACAGGCACCUCUCAUGACCCAGUUGCACUUGGCCACUCCGGGCUGAAGGCCAGAGUCCCCCUCAGCCCCUUUCCCGACUGAAGGACGGCUGACUCCAUCAACUGCCCCACAUAUCAGUGAGAUCAACACUAAGGUGGCCAGGGUGUCUGGAGGAGUCUCCUGGGCUCCCUGGCCACUGCAGCCCACCCCUGCUCCCCACUUCCUGAAGUCGGGGACUGAAGAAAUGGGGUUCCACCCCUUUUGGUGGAAAUCCAGAAAUGGGGAAAUCCAGCCCCACUCGACUUUGUCCCUCCGCACCUGCUGGCCUCCCCACCCCUGCAGCCACUCCACAAGGAGCCCUCCCAGCUUCCAAAGGUCACGCCUGGGCACGAACUCUUCUCUGCAGGGGGAGUGGAGGGGGUCAGGGCCACCUCAACUGUGAAAUAAAAGGUUUAGACUCAA